CCAACGCGGUCAUGAGCUUCCGCGGCUUCGGAGGUGGUCUCUUUUGCGUGUGCCCUGCGCAUUUUCAUUGCCCCCCCAAACGUGUCGCCGAAUAAACGCGCCGUGUGCGCGGCUUGGCGCAUCCUCUCUCCGUGUCGUGUAUCGUCGCGCUUUGCCCAAGCCACUUUUACCAGGCUUCUUAACGGUCACCGUAUCCUCGUUGUUCCUCAUCUACUUGUCUGUCAGAUUCUCGUCCUUCGGGGCCACGAGUGCACCUAACCGGCAUGCCUAACGCGACCGAACCGGGCCGUCGUCUCCCUUUCGCGGUUCGCGUGUAUCGCUCGUCUAUCCUUAGACGAUCGCGACCACGACGACGGCGACGGCGAUGUUAACGUUAUCAUCAACCGGAUACCCUCUAGUGAAAACGUUCUUCCCCUUCUCCAACUGCGACGCUUUAUUCAAGGAUAUUAUAAAAUUCCAACUACAACGACUCUAUCAAUAGUUGCUUUAUCAAGACAGAGGUGAUGUAGAAGAAAAACUUAGGAAAUCAAGUCGGGGUAUAAAGACGGACAUCUGCUUUGACGGGGCAUUGCAAUACAAGGAAGGACAACACGGGUGACAAAGAGGAGAAAAUGGUAUCUCUGCCUAGCGCGGAGUCUGGCACGAUGGACAGAAUCUCAGACGACGACGAUGACGAGCCAAGUAGCGGGUCCGAAACGUACGAGGAGGGCGACCUCUUAUCGGCUGCUAUGGAUGAUGACGUGACGGCCCAACUCGCCGCUGCAGGUUGGCAAAUCAAACACGCUAAUGGCCCUGUUGGCGUAGCCGCAGCCGCCGCUAUUGUUUCGGCAAAAAAGAGGAAACGACCUCAUAGUUUUGAAACAAAUCCCAGUAUCCGAAAGAGACAACAAAACAGACUCCUAAGAAAACUCAGACAAACCAUAGAUGAGUUUGCAACGCGAGUUGGACAACAAGCAGUAGUAUUAGUAGCUACACCCGGAAAGCCAAACAGUAGUUAUAAAGUAUUCGGAGCGAAGCCGUUAGAAGAUGUAGUAAAAAAUUUAAGAAAUGUUAUUAUGGAAGAACUUGAAAGUGCACUCGCGCAACAAGCCCCGCCGCCAGUACAAGAUGAUCCAUCUUUAUAUGAAUUACCACCUCUCAUAAUAGAUGGCAUACCGACACCCGUGGAAAAAAUGACACAAGCUCAACUCAGAGCGUUUAUCCCGUUAAUGCUAAAGUAUUCCACAGGUAGAGGUAAACCCGGUUGGGGUAGGGAUAGUACACGGCCGCCAUGGUGGCCGAAAGAACUACCAUGGGCAAAUGUUCGUAUGGAUGCAAGGUCCGAGGACGAAAAACAAAAGAUUUCUUGGACGCACGCGUUAAGGCAAAUUGUAAUAAACUGUUAUAAAUUUCACGGGAGAGAAGAUCUUCUACCUGCAUUCAGUGAAGAUGAUGAUAAGUCGAACGUGCUGAUACAACAGUCCACUCCUCAUUCCUCGUCACACCAAUCGCAUUCAUCCGGUCAAGGACAAGGUGGACAGUCGCAGCAACAGCAACAACAGACGGUGGGAGUCGUUCGCCUGAGCAGCGCGGAUUCAUCUAAGGGAAACUCUUCGCCAGCACAAAUCAUUGCCGCGUCUCCUACAGCUCUUGCCACUGCCACUCAGAUGACCCAGUAUCCAACGGCAGUUUUGCAAACGAUAACGAAUCCUGACGGUACUGUUUCCAUCAUCCAAGUGGAUCCUAGUAACCCGAUAAUCACGUUACCAGAUGGUACAACGGCCCAAGUCCAGGGCGUUGCUACCAUUCAUACGAGUCAAGGGGAAGUUCAAGCCCUCGCUGAAGUUGCAGGUAGCGCAGAAGGUACUAGCGUUGCUGUCGACCUGAACAGUGUUACAGAAGCGACAUUAGGCCAAGACGGUCAAAUCAUUCUCACAGGAGAAGACGGACACGGAUAUCCUGUAUCGGUGUCAGGGGUUAUAACAGUACCAGUGUCUGCUAGUAUGUAUCAGACUAUGGUUGCCAAUAUUCAAAGUGACGGUACAAUGCAAGUAGUCACGCCUAUGGUUCAAGUCCCAAAAGUCGAGCCAGGAAACGGAGAAACUAGCAUCGAGGCCGUCACUAUACAAGGGCAUCCAAUGACAAUGAUAAACGCAGCAGGUGAACAUCAAGUUCUACAAGUGAUAUCGUUGAAGGAUGCUAAUGCCCUUACGAAGGCCAUGCAGGCUGAAGUUGUAAAAGACGAGGACAGUCAACAACAACAAACCGUCUCUAGUCCAGAAUAAAGCGUUUUACAUAGUUAUUAUAAAAAGAAAACAAAGAAACAGGAAAAGGAGAAAGCUUUUAUGUUGACACCAAAAAUGCGACGGGUGCACAUUUAGUGGUGUUCAAAAAGAGAAAACGAGUGAGAGUAUUAGAAACGAUACGUGUUAUUAAUAUUAAGGCAAAACGAUUGUGUCUUUUUCUGAAUCAUCGUGUAGUGUGUCCUUCUGUUAAGAACAGCAAAACGGGAUAUAGUGAAUAUGCGUUUGAGAGUGAAAAUGAUCGAAUGUUUGACACAUCGGGACUUCUUGGAUGUAAUCAUAUUUGUAUUCAUGAUUCAUUGCAGGCACUUAGAGUAAUUCACUUGUAAUUCGAUUUCUCGAAGAUAGUACUAAUUUUUAGGAAGUACUACUUGCGUUCGAAUCGUCUGAAUCUGUGGAGAUAUAUCAUCGAUUCAUUUAGAGCGACGCAAUAUCCGCGGGAACUGGGAAUUACACCAUUUUUUCGAUCCAGCGAUCACGGAUGCAAAAUAUUUUCGUCUAGUCCUCGAUGUCGAAUCCGUACAAGCGAUCGAUAUACCAAAGAAUUUAAGAUUCGUGUUGAACUAUUUUACGACUGGAACGGAUAGGAAGUGUAUAAUUUAACUAUGUCAAAUUAAUCCUUUCAGUGGAAUUUUAACGCAGCGUACUCGAUAGCCAGAGUUGGGCAAUAAUCGUCUAAUUCUCUACCACGAUCAACGAUUGACGGUUGCUUUAACGAUUUAUUUCUCCGAUGUUGCAUUAUCGAUUAAUUAAUCUGAUAAUUAAUUAUUCGAUAAGAAUAACGUACAAUCGGAGAAAUUUGUCGAUAACCUAAUCGUCGAUCGCGUCCGAUUAAAUUUUUCCCAACGAUUCUUGAUACCUGUAAACGAUGUAAUUUAUUCACGAGUAGUUAACAGAAGGAUAUUUUUUAGAAUGACGAAAAAGAUAAUCAUCUCGAUAUUCAGAAAUAUUUAAUACAGGAGAUGGGGUUGCAUGUAAAGUACUUCGUUAGCGAAGAUUAAUCGAAAUUCCGCGGUAUCAAGAUUCCGAUUUAAACGUAACAUUCGAAUUUAUGAAAUUUGGCUAUCAAAUUAGACGAACAGAACAUGUAGCCUAUUUUUAUGAUGUAUUGAGGUAUGAAAAUUAAUCGUUUCUUUUUUUUUUUCUGGCGGUAGAGACAUAUUAACAGUACAUAUUAAUAUACACUAAUGGUCGAUAGUAGCGGUAAAUGGAAAAAAAAAAUUAAGCAUUUCUGACGGGUACAAAUAGGCUAUAAGAUAUAAUUUUUUGGAAAAUAAGAAGUAUGGAUUUGAAGUCUCAAUGCACACCCACGUAACAUGAUUAAUUUUAUUAUAUUAAUACUACGUUGUUGUAUUAGAGAAUUACUUCGAUCGAUGCUAUAAAGAACACUAUAUAAUUCUCGGAAAUGGGUACUAGGGGUCCUUUCCUUUCCAUUCUGUUUUAUCUCGACAAUACACAGAAUGCGAAAACUCGGAAUCAUGUAUUGUUCUUUAUGUUCAUUUGCAGAUAAAAUCGAAAAUGUAUUUAUUUUUGUUAUUGACGAAGAAAACAAAAAAUUGUCGAAACAUUUCCAUGCAUUUAAAUGUCAACUCACUUUUAUACUGUAUCUAAAGUUAGGGAAAGUGUUAUGUUUUCUGUGCAAUCUUGUUUCAAUGUUGCGGUGUCAAAUUUUGCCAAGGAUGCGUGAUCGAUGUUUAAGAAUGACAUUUGAUUUUCUCUAAUGAUUUUACUUGUAUUUUUUAUAUCUUCUAGUAUUUUUACGUACUAAAAUGUGUCCAGAGAUGAGGAAAAUUCUCGUCGAAAUAAAAUAUUGAAUUAACCGAUGAAAGAUAAACUUUCGAUCCUCCGAUUUGUUCAAUAAAAUUACGAUUUGAAUUAUAAAAUGUGUUUGUCACGAAUAAUUUUAAUAACGAGUUUGCGAUACUUGCAUGAUUUAAAGUUUAUUGGUAUGCGUGUCUUUAUCGUGAAUGAAGUUCCUGUGAGUCGUAACAUUGAAACAACAAACUGCCCGCGACACCGAGUACGAACGAUACCAAAAAAAGUUUUUAUAACAUUAAUAGAAGAAAGUAGAUAAAUUUAAUGAUUAUCAGUAGAACAAAUCAUAAAGAUUAGAUAUUAAUUGUUAUAUUGUUUUUUAAAAAACUGUGGCCAUUGCAUACAAAAUGUAAUAUAUUGAUACUCCCAUGUAAGACCGUGUUAUAUUUUUUUUGUUCUCUGUAACAAAGCACACAGAACAUAAAAUUAAGUUAAAUGUCGUUUGGAAAAGAAUAUGUAAUACCAUUUUAGAUAAUUAUAGAUGUACGCGUACAUGACUCUCUCGCUGUGUAUUUUACGGUGUAAGUUGUACAUACGUCGUCGUUGUGUCACCUUUCCGCUUUGGUUACUUUUGAUGUAAAAAGGACAAAAAUGGUAAAUUGAAAAAUAUUAAAAAGUUUAGAAGCAACGCGAAGAACCAAUGGAAGUUGCAAUUAAAAUAUAAUACAUACAUAUCA